ACAAGAGUUUCUCUCUGCACACCUAUACAUAUUCACAAGACUUGGUUUUUGACUGAUGGGUGGCAGCUGGGAGAAGCAGCAGCAGCUGGGGUUGAAGAAAGGCCCCUGGACUGCUGCUGAAGACCACAAGCUUUUCUCCUACAUUCAAGCUCAUGGCCAUGGAAGCUGGCGUGCCUUGCCUGCCAAAGCUGGGCUCCAAAGAUGCGGAAAGAGCUGUAGGCUGAGGUGGACGAAUUACCUGAGACCCGAUAUCAAGAGGGGCAAGUUCACUUUCCAGGAAGAACAGACCAUCAUCCAACUCCAUGCUUUUCUUGGCAACAGGUGGUCAGCCAUAGCAGCUCACUUGCCAAAGAGAACCGACAAUGAGAUCAAGAACUACUGGAACACACACCUAAAGAAACGAUUAGCAAAGAUGGGCAUUGAUCCGAUGACUCACAAGCCCAUGGGCCAGCCCAAGGACGCCGCCAACCUCAGCCACGUUGCUCAGUGGGAGAGCGCCCGCCUCCAAGCCGAAGCCCGAUUCGGUCGAGAUUCCAAGCUAGCUCACCUCCUUAAUCAAGCUGCAGCUCCGCCAACAGCAUUACGCCUUGACGUACUAACUGCUUGGCAAGGCGCCUGCUGGCCGGCACCGCUGCCGGAAAAUGUCAAUUUAGAGGGCAUUUCCAUGAACCCAUUUCACAGUAAUGAUUCGGCUACAGAGUCAUUUAAAUGCUUGGACAACGGCAUGAUCAUGAAAGUAGAAGAUGAUGUGUUGGGACUGUCAAGCGGUUAUCCGAAGCUCAAGGAGAUGAUACACAGUGCAAUGCAGUUUGAAGACAUGGCGCUUCCUGCGCAUGAUCCUGAUUACGUUGCAGAGUUGUUGAAGCCAUCUAAUUACGGUUACAGUGGUAAUGCAAACAUAUUGCUGCAUCCAAAUCUCGAAGAAAAGCUUGCGAAUGUACUGCGCAAUAAUUCCUAUGAGAUUUACGAGUGCUCAUUUGAAUCUGUGGAGACAAACUCGCAGAAUGUGGUGGGAACCAGCUGCUGCGGUAGUGGUGGUGACUUUGAAGAGGAGAAGAAUUACUGGAAUAGCCUUCUGGUGAAUUGCUCUGAACCAUAGCCAGAAGUAACGCUGUGGUUAGGUAUAAUGCUAGUUAAUUAUUUGGGAAGAACAUAUAUAUAAUUAUUAGUUAAGUACUUUCUUUUAAUUGCAAAGGAGCAUCACCCUUUACCGUGUGGUUUCUGGGAAUUUAAAACCCGAUCGAUUUCGGGCGAUCCUCCCAGUGAACUGACCGUACUCCCAGACCGUCACAGGUGAAGAAGUAGAGUAUA